CUAGCCAAUGUCGGACAACCCGUCCUUUGUCUUGCGCGGCAUCGAGGAUGUCGUCUACGAGCAGAGGCCUAUCCCCGAGGCCACGGGCGACGAUGUGCUCGUUGAGGUGAAGAAGACAGGUAUCUGUGGUUCUGAUGUUCAUUACCUCGUUGCGGGACGCAUUGGCCAGUUUGUCGUAGAGAAGCCUAUGGUUCUCGGGCAUGAAUCGUCAGGUGUUGUUGUGAAAGUUGGUCCUAAGGCGAACGGCAUCAAGGUCGGUGACCGGGUUGCAAUGGAGCCCGGCGCGGUGUGCCGCACUUGCGACGCCUGUAAGAGCGGACGUUACGAGCUCUGCCCUGAUAUCGAGUUUGCGGCGACACCUCCCUAUGAUGGCACAUUGGCACGCUAUUACCGUAUUCCUUCAGAUCUUGUCUACAAGCUCCCCAAACAUCUCACGCUCGAGGACGGCGCUAUGAUGGAGCCUCUCUCCGUAGCUGUUCACUCCGUUGCCAACAUUGCCGGCCUCCGCGCGAACCAGAGCGUGGUCAUUUUCGGUGCAGGACCUGUUGGUCUUCUCUGCAUGGCCGUCGCGAAGGCGCUCGGUGCCCGGCGCGUCAUCGCAGUCGACAUCGUGCCGGACCGACUGGAGUUUGCAAAGAGCUACGCUGCGACCGAGACUUAUAUCCCUCCGCCACUCGAUCCCGGUGAGACGCGCAUGAAGUACUCAGAGCGGAACGCAAAGACAAUGGCGGAGAAGCUCGGCAUUGAGGAGCGCGGUCCGAACUCGAUUGACCUUGUCGUCGACGCGAGCGGCGCAGAAGUGUCUAUUCAGACUGGUAUCAUGAUUGCGAAGGCCGGCGGAACUUAUGUGCAGGUCGGCAUGGGUUCCCCCGAUGUUACAAUCCCUGUCACGCUCCUGUUGACGAAGGAGCUCAACUUCAAGGGCUCCUUCCGGUAUGGGCCUGGUGACUAUCCCCUCGCGAUUGCCCUCGUCAACCAGGGCAAGAUCGACCUCAAGCCCCUGGUCACACACAGGUUCCCCUUCGACGAUGCCAUCGAGGCAUUUCAGACAACGCGGGCUGGAAAGAGCUCCGAUGGCAAAGGCGUCAUCAAGGCGAUCAUCUCGGGUCCGGGUGUUUCUCCCAAUGAUAUUUGAAUGGUGAUGGAAGGAAAAUCAAAGGAAUGUACUUGUUCGGAUACCGAUAGCUGUAAAAUGUAUACCGAUUGAGUUCAAAUCAUAACCGCUACAGCGUC